UCAAUAACUACAGUUUGGAUAGAAAUUAUUAUUAAAUGUUGAUUGAUAUAGAACCUCAAGAGUCACGCUUUGCUUUUCCACACAGAUUCACGUUACUACUUCCAUUUUCUUUUCUAUGGCUCCAACAAAUGAAAAGGUUAGUAACCAUGUUCCUGAUUAUAUCAUCUUCUCUAUUUUCUCUAAGCUACGUUUAAAAUCUGUUCAUCGUUUUACCUGUGUGCGUAAAUCUUUGACUCUUUUAUUUCAAAACCCUAUUUUCAUGAAAAUGUAUAGCAAUAACAUGGUUUCCAAAUAUCAUUCAUUAUACCAUGAAACUGAUCUCCUCCUAAACCGUUUCGAUAAUAUUGACUAUCAAUGGAAGUUGUACCUUGUCUCUGAUGAGAAAUAUGAAAGUAAAGUGCAACUGAACUGGCCAUGUCCUUUCGGCCCAAAAUAUGGUCCUUCUAAACCUCAUAUUGUAGGUUCUGCUAUCAAUGGCAUUCUUUGUAUAUAUGAUACAGAACACCCUACAAUUAUCGUGUUAUGGAAUCCAGUUACGGAGGAGUUAGCUAGUGUUCCUGCGAGUAGGGCUAGAUUGUAUCAUGAGUUUGAAACUGAGUUUGUUAUUCAUGGAUUUGGUUAUGAUCAUGUUAAUGAUGAUUAUAAAAUCAUUCAGCUUGUUGUUUAUAUCGGAGGCCUUGAAGAUUAUGACCAAGAAGCACCAUCUGGCCCGAAAUGGGAGUUAUAUAGUUUAAGAAACAACUCUUGGAAGAAAAUUUAUGUUGACAUGCCACAGCGUUACCUGUGUAGUAAGGGUACUGAAGUGUAUUUGGAUGGAGUGUGCUAUUGGUGGGGGAAGACAGAUCAUGAAACAUAUGUUGUGUCAUUUAACUUGACCAAUGAAAUGCAUCUUACAACUCUCUUUCCCUUUAAUAUGCAAGAUUUUAAAAGAUUUGAUAGACAUUUGGUUGUGUUAAAUGGGCAUGUUGCUAUGAUAUUGAGUUAUGUAAAGAAAACUUGGCCUUCUUUUAGCAUAUCAAUAUCAGUUUUGGGCGAGCCUGGUGUUGCAGAAUCGUGGACUAAACUCUUUGAUAUUAGACCAUUGUCUUGUAUCGAGCAUCCUAUUGGAUCGGGCAAGAAGGGUAAUGUGUUUUUUAGAAAAGAUGAUGAUGAACUAGCUUGUCUUGAUUUAUCUACUGGAGUAGUUGAGGACAUUGGUGUUAAAGCAGAAAGUUAUCGUUCUCAGGUUGUUGUUUAUAAGAAAAGCUUUCUUUCCGUGGGAGGAAUGACUAAUUAGUAGU